AAUGUCCGUCGAUUGCAGCCAUGGCGCUUGCGGAGAACUUGCGCCAAUCGCUGAUUCCCGGCUUCCUCUACGCGCCCAGAGCCCUUGCCGAGGAGAGGAUGCUCGGGGCGGGCCCCGCCGCCGCAUCCUUCCCCGCGUUGGUGGAGAAGCAGAGGAGUUUCGUGAUCCCGUCUCCGAGCGAGCCCAGGAAGAAGAUCCAGAUGUACUCGCCGGCGUUUUAUGCCGCUUGCACCGCUGGAGGCAGCCUCUGCUGUGGCCUUACCCACAUGGCCGUCACCCCUCUCGACCUCGUCAAGUGCAAUAUGCAGAUCGACCCUUCGAAGUAUAAGAGCAUCACAUCUGGUUUUGGGGUGUUACUGAAGGAGCAGGGAGUAAGAGGCUUUUUCAGGGGUUGGGUGCCUACUCUACUUGGUUAUAGUGUUCAAGGUGCCUGCAAGUAUGGAUUCUAUGAAUUUUUCAAGAAAUACUACUCUGAUAUUGCUGGACCAGAGUUUGCAUCGAAAUACAAGACCUUGGUCUACCUCGCCGGCUCUGCAUCUGCUGAGGUGAUUGCAGAUGUCGCUCUUUGCCCAUUUGAGGCUGUAAAGGUCCGGGUGCAAACUCAGCCUGGUUUUGCAAGGGGUUUAUCAGAUGGAUUUCCCAAGUUUGUUAAAUCUGAGGGUCCUCUUGGGUUGUACAAGGGCAUUGUUCCUCUCUGGGGUCGUCAGAUUCCAUAUACAAUGAUGAAAUUUGCUUCUUUCGAGACCAUUGUGGAGCUAAUUUAUAAACACGCCAUUCCCAGACCUAAAGAUCAGUGUAGUAAAAAUCUGCAGCUUAGUGUGAGUUUUGCAGGCGGAUAUGCCGCCGGAGUCUUCUGUGCCAUUGUGUCUCAUCCGGCUGACAACCUCGUCUCCUUCCUCAACAAUGCCAAAGGGGCAACUGUUGGUGAUGCAGUGAAGAAGAUUGGUUUAUGGGGUCUCUUCACUCGUGGACUUCCUCUGCGCAUUGUCAUGAUUGGAACUCUUACUGCGGCCCAGUGGGUGAUCUAUGACGCCUUUAAAGUUUUCGUGGGACUGCCAACCACUGGUGGUGUUGCCCCUGCUGCUGCCCCUGCUGGGCUUGCAAAGGCUUAGACUGUGGAAAGAUCAAGAUCGAUACCGAUCAUUUUUCCACGACUCCUCUUUGAAAGUAAUAAUGAUAGGAUUAAGGAAGGUGCUCGAGCUCUUAGGCGAUCCGGGUGAAUUUUUGACAACUAGAAUUCGUGUCUUUCCAUUGUUAAAGCAUCUUGGUUUCGCCAUUGGGUCUGCGGUAUCGUCUAUUGGUCCAUGAAAUAGUCUUUGUAUGUGAGUCAGAUGAGAAAAUUUGGACCCAAUCGAUAUUAUAGCCUAGGACUCAAUAAUGGGGUAGAUGUGGGUGGAUUGUACAUUCACCUGUCUGCCAACUUUGGUUAUGAAUGAUAUUUGUAAUUGACG